AUUGAAUUUAUUUUAAACAUAAAUCGAAUAUAGUAUAUAAUAAAUGGAAACUUUUAUGUGUUGACUAUGGAUAACACAUAAAACACAACCUCCCACAUUAUUGGGAACCGUCAAGUACAUCCACAGCAAUGGUCGUCUGCUGAAGAAGAUUCUGGGGAAUCCUCCACACCUCAGCAAAACCACGUCAGCUGUUUUACAAUUCAAGACAGCAACAAUAUGACUCAACAAUGUGAGGAUGUAAAAAGUGUGAGUGUCCGAAGUGACAUAAUACAAUCCGACCCAUCCAACACCCCAGACCAAGCCACUUGUCAUAGUAGUAGCGGCGACGACCAUGCCUACAGGUUAGACUCGGAACAAAGUCAACAGCUGAUCAGGCAGCGGCUUCAAGACCUCGUGAGAAGGUUUUCCGAGAGAGCUUUACGAGUAAGAAGACGUUUUGACUUUCCGCCAACUCCCUCUACCAUUAGCAGCUGUGAACAUGAAGAAAGCAACAGUGUACUCAAGUCGCCCCUGAAGAGGAUUAGAUUUGUCUCGCAAGAGUGGGGUUCAAAGUUUUCCAUGUGUGAAUCAAUCAGGCACAAAGUAAAGAACUUCUCCUUCGUCUUUGAACCACAAAGCUACUUCUACGUUUCGUGGCUGUGUAUUAUAAUGGCAAGCUACUUGUAUAACUGCUGGGUCAUACCACUACUGACAUUCUUUCCCUACCGAACCCCAACCAAUGAAAUGGUCUGGUUCUACAUUGAUUGUGUCGUCGACUUCUUCUACCUGUUGGAUUUUGUUCUGAUCAAACCGAGGGUGAUGUAUCUAGAGGAUGGAUUCUGGGUGCGAAAUACUAAAUCUCUGAGAGAUAAAUACACAAGAUCACUCACAUUUAAGAUUGAUGCUCUAUCCUUGCUCCCGGCAGAUCUGAUAUGUUACUAUUUUGGAAUUGUUCAUCCUAUUCUGAGACUUCCUCGUCUGUUAAAGAUUCAGUCGUUUUGGGAGUUUUUUGACUACUUUGACCACGCCUUGGCUAACCCCUAUGCUGUGAGAGUCACUCGUUCCCUCACUUAUAUGAUAUUCCUGGUACAUCUCAAUGCGUGUGCGUACUACUUCGUCUCCGUCACGGAGGGAAUUGGUUCUAACCGUUGGGUCUUCAAUGGAGAGGGAAAUGCGUACAUUAGGUGUUUUUAUUUUGCUACAAAAACUGCCACUUCCAUCGGCAAAAAUCCAAGACCGGAAAAUGAAAUGGAAUAUGUCUUCAUGACUGCUUGUUGGCUGAUGGGUGUUUUUGUUUUUGCACUUCUAAUUGGUCAGAUAAGGGACAUUAUUGCCACAGCCACCAAGUCUCAGACUGAAUACCGGAAGUAUUUGGAUGAAGCUAUGGAGCAUCUCCGUCUUUUGAACAUCUCCAAGGAGUUGAUGGAAAGAGUCAAAAUGUGGUUCACGUAUACAUGGGAGCAACAGCACACUUUGAAUGAGCUGACAAUUUUGGACAAUCUCCCGUACAAGAUGAAGACCGAUGUUGCCAUCAAUGUACACAUCAACACUCUCAAUAAGGUUCAACUGUUCAAGCAUUGUGACGAUGCUCUCUUGCGAGACUUAGUGCUCAAGCUGAGGCCUGUGGUGUACCUACCAGGGGACUACAUCUGCCGGAAGGGGGAAGUUGGCAAAGAGAUGUACAUUGUGAAGAACGGCCAGGUGCAGGUAGUGGCGGGGCCAAAGGGUGAGGAGGUGUUGGCGACACUGACAGAGGGAACUGUCUUUGGAGAGAUCAGUCUGUUGUCUCUGGACGGAGGCAAUCGUAGAACAGCUGACGUCAGAUCAAACGGAUUCUCCAACCUCUUUGUUCUCAGUAAGGACGAUCUCAAUGAAGCACUACAGUUUUACCCAAACGCCCAAGAGAUUUUAAAAAAUAAAGCAAAACAGCUGAUGCGUCAGAAUGCCGCCAGAGAACGCAAGAAUAAGAGGAACGAGAUGAACAAUGUUGAACCUGCAAACAAAAUGCCGAAAAUGAUACCAGACACAGCUCGGAUUUUGAGUAAAUACUCAAAAUGCAGAUACCCAAGAAAUCAGAACCCCUCGAGACCUCGAGUGAGGACGUCAGUUUACUGCACUAAACCAUUUUCACAAGAAGUUGAGGACCAGCGGCUGUUGGCAAGAAGCUUCUCCGUGGAGCUAGGAGAUCUGCAGGUGUACCAGUCGUGUUUGGACGCGUCCGAACCUGACAUGACUGGUGAUGUGCCUUGUCAAGUCACGGUACACAGGAACAAUGAGUGAGUCCAUUCCAGUCCAGAUGCCGAGUGGAAUGAGAUCGUCUGUAGUUUCUGUUGAAUCAUGAUACCACAGAAUCAAGUUGGAUUCUUAGUUGAUUGGGUAAAGAUUUCGCAAAGCUGCUGAGAAUAUUACUGAUAUUUGGGUUGUUACAUCUGCGAUUAAUAUGUGUCAGCCUUAGUCCUAGGAAUUCUUCAGCUAAAAUUGUGACAAAAGUUUGCUACCUCUAUUCUUUUUUAUUGCAAACAUUGAUUUGAAUGUUUUCAAUAAAAAAGGAUAGAGGUAGCAAUCUCAAUAGCAAUGUUCAAUUAAUUACUGGACUUAGUUGUUAACUUACGUUUUUGAUUCAUAGAACCAUUUCCUGGAGUCUUGCACUUUACUUAAAGAACCGCUCCCUGAGUAAAUUCCUAGUUAUUCUUUGUUGUUUUUUAUUUUUAUUUUUUACCAUACUUUAUUUGAUUCCUUUCUUUGGAUCAGCUGAUAACUUCCAAGAAUUUACUAGUCUAAUUGUUGUGAUAACCAACAGAGUGAUAUUGUUCAUAGUAGCCAAAUGUUGAUGAUAAUAUAAACUUCACCAUGAUAUUUAUUUUUGUAAAGUUAUAUACAGUAAUAUAUAUGUUAUGUAUUAUUAUAAAGAUAAAGAAUUUUAAAAUGUAUCAGUAAAUAUGACUGCUAAUGUUAACAAGAUAAUUC